UGUGCAAUAUAAAACUAACUUUACCUAAGUCCAAAAUAGUAUUUAGAUUAGCAGCUCACUCGGAUUUGAGAUUUAGGCAACCCAACAAGGUUGCUGCCAUUAACUCCCAUUCAAAUCAUUAUAAACAACAGGAUGAAAAUCGUGGAUGAUGAUGAUUGGAGGCAGCUCGCUGCUCACGAAGAAGAAAACAAGGAUGAUGAAGACGACGAGGAGGCGCCUGUGAUAGCAGAAAUGAUAGAUGAACGGCCAGAUGAGGUUAAGCAGUUGGAGGCAUUCCGAGCCAGUAACAAGUGGAAAGUGAUGGGUGAUACAGAUCCCCAAGAAAUCCAGGACUCAAUUUUAAAUAGAAGUUCAGAAACUGACAGAGGUCAUAUGGUACAGCAUGACUCGCCAGAUGGUUCUCCUGUACGGAGGGUGCGGCACAACUCCCCUGAACUCUCGCCCAAAAGGGGUCGCCAUGACUUGCCAGAUCUCUCACCUCCGGGAAGAAAAUAUCAUGACUCGUCUGAUCUUUCUUCCCAGAGACACAGAACAGAAAACAAAAACAGACGACAUGACUCCUCAUCGCCUUCCACUCCAAGAAAGAGCGUAAAAGUCUCACCUUCCAGAUCUCAGAGGCAGCACAAUAAAGAGUCCCAGCACAGAAAAAAGACGAAAGCCAACCCCUCGGGUGACCUUUCGCCCCCCAGGAUACGAGCCCAGACCAGCAAAUGCUCUGACUCGGACCAGUCCCCUCCACGCAGAUGUCCCCAUGGGCGACUGGGCUCGGAUUCAGAUCUCUCUCCUCCCAGGAAGAAGCACCAGGGGAGAAGUGGAUCUGACUCUGACCUGUCUCCACCACGUAGGACACACUCUCUUGAUGGACAGGCAGCCCCUCAAAUGUUAUCUGGUGGAGCUGCUGGCCUAGUCUCUGUAGACACCCUGAGGAAAGAGCAGGAAGAAAUUCGCAAAAGGGAAAAACACAACCAGCCUCUUGAAGAGCAAUCCAGAAAUGCACAGACCGUGUUUCGAGAUAAAUCCGGGAGGAAACGUGACCUGGACUCAGAGAGACUUGAGCUCAGCAAGAAAGCUGGAGAGAAAGCAGAAAAAGAUGAGAAAUAUGCAGAGUGGGGAAAAGGGCUUGCCCAGGGUGAAAUGCAGCAGCAGAACUUGGCAGAUGCCGUGCGAGAGGCUCAGAAGCCACUAGCGUGACACAUAGAUGAUGAGGACCUGGAUCGGAUGCUUAGGGAGCAGGAGAGGGAUGGGGACCCUAUGGCAGCCAUGCUUCGCAAGAAGAAAGAGAAAAAUACUAAAUUGAAAGGAAUCAAAGAUAAACCCUGUUACAGGGGUUCACCCCCUCCUCCAAAUCGUUUUAACAUUAUGCCAGGGUAUCGCUGGGAUGGAGUUGACAGGUCCAAUGGUUUUGAACAGAAGCGGUACAGCAGAAUGGCUGAUAAGAAAGCUGUGCAAGAGAUGGCGUACAAAUGGAGUGUGGAGGACAUGUAGAUCACAUGGAGAUCUAAAUGUAUAUAUAGAUUUACACUGUAAAAACUGGCUCCAGUAUAGUUCCACCACACCUGCACACCUUUUCAAGUGGGACUUCUUAUUUCAAGUGUCAUCAUGAAUUGGUUUGUAUAGAAAGAUAUGUUUUGUUUGCAUUGAUCAGUAAAAUUUUCUCUAGGCAACAUGCAUUUCUUUAUUGAACUUAUUUUUAAAUGCUUAUUGUAACAUUUUUAACAACUCUUGAUUUUCUGAAAAUGUAUUUUGAAUGACUUACCAUAUUUGAAACAAUGAUGCUGUACACGUUCUUUUUUGUGAUUUUGUUAAUUAUUAAAUUUAAACAAAGAAUCUUUGAGUUGGCUUGAACUAUCCCCCAUUUUUGUUAUAUCCUAAGUAAAUCUCUACUGCUCUUAAACAAGAUUGUUUAUUCUUAAUCAAGAGUUUGAUUUCUAAUGUCAUGUGGUACAGGAGGAAAAGCAUCAGUCCCAAAAGAUGUGACAACAAUGUUACAUGUUUAUAAUACAGGUUGAAUAAUGCAACAGUAUAAUUAAAAGAAGCAAUUUAAUUAUUUUUAUCAUCCAGUGUAAAAAUGUACCUUGAUAGUUCUCAG